UCCAAUUCAAAACCACUCUUUGGUUUGUCCAUCAUGGCUGCGCCCCUAGUUCAAUGUGAAAGUAAGCGAUCAUGCUGCCAUGAAGUAACCUUGCGCUACGUAUAGAGUCACCGAAGUAUGUUGGAAUUUCAGCGAUAGCUCGGCCAGAUAAGUUUAUAUCAUAAAUGGCUUUCCGUGUGAGCAUCUCGAUUUUCGGGAAAUCUUUACGUGUUCCGAGAGUUGCUAACGUGUCUGCGCCACUGGAAAAUGCGUCACCGUUUCUCAGAACGGGAUGGGCUGCCCGUCGUCCAGGGACCAAUAAUGGACACGGUUUCCGCUUCACUCCUGCCUGUUUUAUUACAUCGGAUGCGUUUUUGAGCAGACUGGAGAAAGGCAAAGCGGCGGAGACAGAUGACACUCUUUAUCACUAUCCAGCCUCAGUUCUGCCCGACAGCGCUGAACAAUUAUCAUUGCUGGUGAAGGAUCCAGAUCAACCAGAGAACUCAAAGGUUUUAAGAGUGGCCAUCAUUGGUGCACCAAAUGCUGGGAAGUCCACACUGUCCAACCAACUGCUUGGCAGAAAGGUGUUUGCUGUUUCCAAGAAAGUGCACACCACACGGUCCCGUGCCCUUGGCGUUCUCACAGAAGACGACACACAAAUUAUUUUGCUGGACACUCCUGGACUCACUACACCUACAAAAGUCAAGAGGCACCAGCUGGAGAAGUCUCUCCUCGAGGAUCCUUGGAAUACAGUCAAGGAAGCUAGUCUUGUGGUGGUAAUGGUAGAUGUGUCAGACAAGUGGGCCUGCAACAAGCUAGACUUUGAGGUCCUGAAAUGCCUGACCCAAUACCCAGAUGUCCCAGCAGUCCUAGUUCUCAAUAAGGUUGACAUGCUGAAGAGCAAGAGCAGGUUGUUGGAGAUCACAGCAGAUCUGACAUGUGGAGUGGUGAACGGCCGGAAGCUGCAGGUCCGCAGGGUGAUCAAGCCACCCUGGGCUGAGAGGAGGACAGACAGGGAGGCUAGGACAUCAGGGUCUGGAGAUGAGGACAAGCCGGGUGGUGAUGUGGCUGAUGGUGAGGGCAGUGAGGCCCAGUCAGGGCUGCGUAAGGAGCAGCUUAGGGCUCUGAAGACCCAACAGGGCUGGGCUCACUUCAAGGACGUCUUCAUGCUCUCUGCUGUGGAUGGAGAGGAUGUGGAGACACUGAAGAGAUACCUAGUAGUGGGGGCAAAGCCUGGUUCUUGGCAAUACCACAGUGAUGUCCUGACAGAUCAGACUCCUGAGGAGAUCUGCACCAACACUGUCAGAGAGAAGCUUCUGGAAUAUCUGCCCAAAGAAGUCCCUUACACAAUGACGCAGGCCAUUGACUUGUGGCACGACAGGGAGAAUGGAGAGCUGGAUAUAGCAGUAAAACUGUAUGUGAAGAAAGAAAGUCACAUGAAAAUGGUGAUUGGCCAGGCUGGUCAGAUGGUUGCCAGGAUAGCCAGAGAGGCUGGAGACGACCUGAGCACAGUGUUCCUCAGGGAGGUCAAGCUGAGGCUCUCUGUGAAGGUGAAGAACUGACGAGGAUUAUGAUGAACUGAGUGUUAUGAUCAUCUGGGGGACAGUUUUAUGGUGGCCUUGUGAAUAGGAAAUGAACACUUUUGGACUCACUAUUUUCACAGAAAGAUCUGACUGGUUUCUACUUCUUGACUAUCAAAUCAAAGUUUAUUUGUCACAUGCGCCGAGUACAACCGGUGUAGACCUUACAGUGAAAUGCUUACUUACAGGUUCUAUCCAAUAGUGCACAAAAGGUAUUGGGGGAACAAUAGGUAAGUAAAGAAAUAAAACAACAGUGAAAAAUAACAGUAGCGAGGCUAUAUACAGUAGCGAGGCUAUAUACAGACACCGGUUAGUCAGGCUGAUUGAGGUAGUAU